GACGCACGGGCUGGUUGCACGUGCACGAGAAUGUUCCUCUGCUUCGCAGUCGGUGCGGAGGGCAGCGGGCGCGCGGACACACAGACAGACCAACUACCGAGCAGCUCGAGACUCCGGUAACAUGGAGCGGAGAGGAGCCGCUUCCUGCGUCUGACGCCGCGGCCGUGCAGUGACCGGAGGACCGCCGCCGCGACCGGAGCCGCUCCGGUUCUCCGCUCAGAUGAUGGCGACCUCCCAGCACUGAGGACGCCUUCCACCUCCAGCUGCCGUCCCGACUCUUCGUUUUCCAACAUCAUGGACUCCUCCGGGGAUCUGACCUCGACCCAGGACGGACACCUGGAGCCCCGGAGCAGCCCGGGUCGCUCGGACCUCAGCGGACUGUACCACUUGGGUCGGACACUGGGCAGGGGGCACUUUGCCGUGGUUAAACUGGCCCGACACGUCAACACGGGGCAACUGGUGGCCGUCAAGAUGAUCGACAAGACCAAGCUGGACGUGAUGGCUACGAGUCACCUCCUACAGGAAGUGAGGUGCAUGCGGCUGGUGCAGCAUCCCAACGUGGUGCGGCUCUACGAGGUCAUCGACACGCCGACCACCCUCUACCUGGUGAUGGAGCUGGCCGAGGGCGGCGACCUCUACGACUACAUCCUGCGCCACGAGGGCGGCGUCGCCGAGGGCACCGCCAAGCGCCACUUCGCCCAGAUCGUUCGCGCCGUCUCGUACUGCCACCGGCUCCACGUGGUGCACCGCGACCUGAAGCCCGAGAACGUGGUGUUCUUCCCCCAGCAGGGCGCCGUGAAGCUCACGGACUUCGGCUUCAGCAACUUGUUCCAGCCGGGGACGAUGCUCGCCACCAGCUGUGGGUCGCUGGCGUAUUCGGCUCCGGAGAUCCUGCUGGGAGAAGAGUAUGAUGCUCCAGCUGUGGAUAUCUGGUCUCUGGGGGUGAUUCUCUACAUGCUGGUUUGUGGAGUUCCUCCGUUCCAGGAAACCAACGACAGCGAGACUCUGGUCAUGAUCCUGGACUGUCGCUACUCCGUCCCCGAACACGUUUCAGACGACUGCAGGGAUCUGAUCUCCAGGAUGCUGCAGAAGGAUCCGUCCCGUCGGGCCUCUCUGGACGAGAUCGAGGCCCAUCUCUGGCUGCAGGGGCUGGACGACGCCCUGCUCAGCCCGAGGCUCCUCCACACUGGCUCUCGGGGGCCCUGUCCCAGCUCUCCCCGCUUAGGGCUGCCCGAGUGCGGGGACCUGCUGGCCGCCAGGCCCCCCACCCAGCUGACGUUCCCCGGAGUCUGGCAGCCGAGCCUCAGCUUCAGCCUCCGUCCGGCUCCGGCUGAAGAGCCUCCAGCCGCCAAGAACCUGCCGGCUCUGCAGCAGAUCUGUGAGGAGGAAGAGGAGGAAGAGGAGGAAGAGGAGGAGGAGGAGGAGGAGGAGGAGGAGGAGGAGGAGGAAGCAAAAGAGGAGGUGCUAGUGGAGGAGGAGGAGGAUAAAGCAGAGAUGGAGGUGGAUGAUGAUGAUGAUGAAGAGGUGAUUUCAGAUCAGCCGGUGGGUCAUGUUGACCAGCCGCUCAGUCAGACUCCUGAGGUUCCUCCGUCGUCGCCUCCUGCUCUGGGGGUCCGGUGCUGUCAGGGGCAGCCGGACCUCCAGCAGGACGACGAGGAGACGGAGCCCAACAACAACACCAACAAACCGGCUCCUCUCCUCCCCACGUCUGACUCCCAGCACUCCUCCGUCUCCUCCGUCUCCUCCUCGGAAAAAUCGCCCAAAGAGUCGGAGCAGGACGAGCGGCCGGGAGUCCAGAACGACGUCCAGACGGACCGACCCCAGAACCAGGACAGCGCUCCGAGGACGGAGAAGCGGCACAGCAUCAAGCUCCGAGAGAGACUCUUCCAGUUCCCGCUGUGCGAGAAAGCUCUGGCCUUCAACAUCCCGGCGCACAACAAGCCCAAGAUCCUGCCGCUGGCGCAGUACAACUGCUGCCACGUCCUGUAGGGGGAGCCACCGCAGGCCUUUCAGCCGCAGACAGAACAGGACGGGGAGGUUCAUCGUCCAUGCUGCUGUGUACAGGAGCAGAACCACACAUCUGUAGCUAGAACUCUAAACUGGACCUGCAGAGGAAGACUGAACAGAUUUUACUGAAUAAGCUACGUUUUGUUUGAAGGUGCCUCUUCUGAUCAGUGAUUACUGCAGCACUCAGUAGAUCCUUACAGCUUUUAUUAUAUAGAUAGAAAUAAGAUUAAAUAUUAAACUAGAGCUGCAGCUAAUGAUUGCUUUCACCCGAUUAGAGACGUCCCCAGAUAUUAAAUGAGUCAUUUAAUGUUUAAUAUCUGCAGAUUCCUGGAUAUUUAAACACUUUACAGGACGUUAAAGUUAUCAUAAUUAAUUCAGUGUUCAUGCAUGGCAACUGAACACCCUCUCAUUUACUCGGCACUUUAUUUUUUUAUCAUAAAGUAUUAAUAUUUAAAGUGGAAUCUGUGAAAUUUUAGCUUCAUAUCUCCAAUACUUUUAAAAAAAAACCUGUCCAGCAACUCACCUUUUUUUUUUUUUAGAAAUUAAAAUUGAAGCUAUUUGAAUGUUUCAGGAUUAUUUUUUUUAAAGCCAGAAUUUUUCUUUUAUUUCUCCAAGAAGUAAAUGAAUUCAGUAAGUUUAAUAUAAAAUAGUAAUUCACUGUUUCUUCAGCCCACAAAAUGAGGUCACAAAAAAUAAAAUCAAAAACCUGAGUUAUGUAAGGAGAACCAUUGGAUUAGACUUUCUACCACUGCUUUUGUUUCUGUGGUCUAUCAGUGAUGAAAUUCUGCAAAAAGAGCUAUUUCUAGUAAUUUUUGCUACCAGAUUUUCCAUAUUAAGAGGAAAAAUGAUCCUUUAGAUACUCAAGGCAGUUGGAAAAACAGCAAAAUCUCUGCAAAGAAAUGCAAAAAGGUCAGAAAUAUGUGCAAAAUGACUGAAAAUAGACCAAAAACAACUACAAAUAUGUGCAAAAUGAUUAAAAAGAAACAUGAACCAACUACAAAUAUGUGCAAAAUCACUAAAACGAGAUAUAAAAGGAUUGCAAGUAUGUGCAAAAUCACUAAAGAGAGACUCAGAAUGGCCAAUGGAGACACAAAGCAACCACAAAUAUGAAUAAUUAUCCUAAAAUAAAUGUGUUAAAAAUAAAUUAUCCUAAUUAUCCUACUGAAUUUCCCUCCGGGUAUGAAUAAAGUGAUUCUAUUCUAUUCUAAAGAUAUAUUAAGUAGUUGCAGAAUUGCCACAUAGCUACAAAUAAAUGCAAACAAACUGGCAAAAGACUCACAAUGACCACAAAGCAGUGCGAAGAUGUGGACAAAAUGAUGACAAAGAGAUGCUAAACAGUCGCUUAUAGACCAAAAAUGACCAUAAAGACGUGCAAGAAGACAUUAAAACAAGCACUGACAGAUAUAAAAUGACAUUUUUUUUAGUUUAGAACAACCACAGAUGCAGAAAACGGCUGUAAAAAGAGACUAAAUGAUGGCAAAGACCUGCAGAAAUGACCAGUAAGAAACUCAAAGCAACCUCAGGGAGGAAAAACAGUGAAAAAUUCAGGUUUUAAUCUUUGAUAGUUUCUGAGAUGUUGUUGCUCAAACAGCCUCAAAUUUAAAAAAAAAAACUGAAAGUGGGCCAACGGGCAGUUUAUUAAAAGAAAUUUUACGUGAUAUAUCAAGCUAAAAACACAAAGAUAACUGUUAAUAUCCAUAUUUUAUGCGGUAAAGAACAAACACGUUCAAAAAUCCAACAAUUCCUUCAGUAUUUGCAGUUUCCUGAUCAGUUCUAACAGUUAAAAAGUGCUUUUAUUGUAUCAGGACGUCCCUAUAGCUAAUUAUUCUCUCAAAUAUCAUAUAAAAACUAAGAAAUUAUGAUUAAAUGUUGGAUUUAGUGCGACUGAAACCCCAAAAUAUUCAAUUUACCACCAUUAAAGGCAGAAAAUUGUCACUUUCAGACACUUUCCAUUGAACAUUUGGCAUUUUUAGCUUGAAAUUUUAGCCUUUUAUAUGAAUUCUGUAAGUAUAAUAUGUAAUUUAACAGUUCACUCUGUUUCUCCAGUCUACAAAUUAAAGACAGAAUAUGAAAAAAACAUGACCAUAAUGAAAUAAAUGUACAGAAAUUGUAGUUUUACAUGGAGAAUCUUUGGAUUAGACUCCUGAAAGUGGGUCAAUGGGCAGUUUUUUAAAGAAAUUCUUUGAUAUGUCAAGCUAAAAACUCAAAGAUAGCUGUUAAUAUCCAUAUGUUAUGCUGUAAAGUUUGAGGGCAGCUCUACGUUAAAUAAUUAAACAGUUCCUUCAGUACUUAUAGUUUCCUACUGUAUUUUUGUCGUAUCAGGACGUCCCUACUGCUUAGUCUUCUCUCCAAUAUAAUCAAAAACAGAAAUUGCUCUUAAAUAUCUCGUUUAGUGCCACUAAAACCCCCAAAGUAUUAAAUUUACCACGAUUAAAGGCAGAAAAUUGUGACUUUUAGACACUUUCCAUUGAAUAUUUGCCAUUUUUUGCUUUAAAAAUAAUCAAAUAGUUGCUUUCUGUUCAUUUCUUUGGCUCUAUUUUGAGACUUUUUCUUUUUGCACAAGCUGCUUCGCACAUCAGUUUGAAAGCUCCUAUAAAGAAAGACUGUUAUAUGAUAAGAUAUAUGAAACUGUAUGAUGUAAUUUAUCCUCGCUUGUCCUAACAAACUGUGUGAAACCGACUGGGAUGCAGGUCUUCCGUUGUUCUUUUUAACCAUGACUAUUUGUGAGGGGGUUGGAUGUGCAGAUAGAAAGCUUAAUUAUUAUUAUUUUUAAAAACGUGACAAAGAUAUUAAUUCUCUGCAGAGAUGUGUGACUGUGCAUGUUGUUAUUGAUCGUCUAUAUACCUCCAUGUGUCUUGGACCUGACGGGACGUUGGUUCUUGUGGAAGCAGCCACUGAAUGAAACUACUGCAGCUGGUGGCUUCAAACCAGCACUUUUCCAGGGACUGAAGGGGAGAUUUAGACCCGAACACAACGACUUGUUAUCGGUGUUACUUCAUCACAUAUCGGCUCCGUGUUGCUCUAGGUUUUUCCUCUUUUUUUUCGAAGCUCAGACACCACGUUUUUGUAGAGCGACAAAAGGCCAAAGCUGUACAAUAAGCUCCGUCCUCGCCGCCGCUUUCAUAAAUCGGAUUUUUUUUUUGUUUUUUUUAACUCGUGACCUGUGAUCGCUUCACUUCCGGUGUGCGUGAGCAGCGACCGUCACGUGAAAUCUGAUUAUCGCUCGCAUCUCAUCAGCCGUGGAAGCGUAAAAUCUGUGCAAAAGGGGAUAAAAUCGCCUGUUUUGACUGCAGCCCGUCUGUCCGCUGACCUGCAUUGUAACUAGGAUCACGUCUGUUCGGAGCCAUGAACUUAUUUUUCUGUAUUUAUUUAUUAAAAAUGGAUUAAAUCGA